AUGCUUCAAUCAUUAGCAGCUAAAGAUAAUAAUAAUAAUAAUCGUACAACAGAAAUUCUAUCACAAUUACGUGCUAAAAUAUGUUCUGUACAUUUACCAUCAUCAAUAAAACCUGUUGAUAUUAGUAUUGUUAUGGAAGUUGAUAAUAAACAUUUUUAUCGAACAGAAAUUAUACGUAAAAAAAAUAAAUUAAAUACAAAUUCAUCAAUAAUAAUUAUAAAUGAAUCAUUUGAUAUAAUUGUUACAUUAAAUUCAAAAAUAUUAAUAAAAAUUCUUACACCAACACGUCUUUUUGGUAAUCAUGAUAUAGGACAAUUACAAUUUAAUAUUAAAACACUUAUUAAUGAUUAUCAUUUAUCUGAACAAUUUAAUAAUUAUGAUACAAUACCAUCUUAUCUUGUUAAAUUACCUUACGAUAAUUUAACAAGAUCAUCAUCAAUAUUUCGAUCAAAUGAUACAAAUAAUCUUUCAAAUGGUGGUAUAAUUGAAAUUAUUUUUUAUGGUUCUUUACUUCGACAACUUGAUGAAAAUAGCAAUCAACAGAAUACAGAACAAUCACGUCCAUCAUCAUCAUCUCAUUCACUAUUAGAAAAUAAUUUAGAAACACAAAAUCAAUCGAUAUCAUCAAAUGAACGAAUCUCAGAAAUGAUAAAUAAUAGCAUAUCUUCAAGACAAUCUCAAUCGGAUAAUCAAAUAAAUGGUACUAGUAUAGAAACAGAAACAGUAGCAGCUGCAGCAGCAGCAGUCAUUUCUGAUGGACAUCAAACAGUAACAAAGAAUGAAACAUCCUUAGCAGAACCUAAAGAACAAUUACCACCAGGUUGGGAAACUCGAGUAGAUAAUUUUGGUCGUCGUUAUUAUGUUGAUCAUAAUCUUCGUCGAACAACUUGGUGCCUUAAACAAGAAACACUUCCACCUGGCUGGGAAGAACGUGUUGAUAAUCGUGGACGUGUUUAUUAUGUUGAUCAUACUACACGUACAUCAACAUGGAAAUUACCAACUGCUACUCAUUUAUCAAAUGUUGCUGAAUGGCAAAAUAAUUAUGCUAGAAGUCAUUCUGUAUUUAAUCAAUUUGAACAUCGUUUUUUACCACAAACUGAUACAAAUACUCAAUCAAAUGAUGCUUCCAAUUCGACUGAAGAAUCUUUACCAGAAGGUUGGGAAAGAAAACAUGAUAAUCAAGGUCGAACUUAUUUUCUUAAUCAUAUAUCUAAAACAACUCAAUGGGAAGAUCCACGACGAAUGGAUAAUAAUAUAUUUGAUAUGCCAUUACCACAAGGUUUUGAAAUGCGUUAUACAAAAGAAGGACAAGUUUAUUUUCUUGAUCAUAAUACAAAAACAACAACUUUUCGUGAUCCAAGAAAUGGUCUUAUGCCUUCUAUACUUGAAUCAAAUGUAGCAGAAAUACCAAAUUAUCGACGAAGUUUUUCACAUAAAAUUCGACAAUUUCGUUAUUUAUGUACAACAAAUGCUACACCUGGUCAAUUAAAAUUAACAAUACGUCGAGAUAAUCUUUUUACUGAUUCUUCUAGAAAUAUAAUGCAAUGUCAAUCAUCUGAACUUCGUCGUCGUUUAUAUCUUUUAUUUAAAGGUGAAGAAGGUCUUGAUUAUGGUGGUGUUGCACGUGAAUGGUUUUUUCGUUUAUCACAUGAAGUACUUAAUCCAAUGUAUUGUCUAUUUGAAUAUGCUAAUAAAAAUAAUUAUUAUCUUCAAAUUAAUCCGGCAUCAUCAAUUAAUCCAGAGCAUUUAACUUAUUUUCGAUUUAUUGGUCGUUUUGUUGCUAUGGCAUUUUAUCAUGGAAAAUUUAUUGAUAAUGGUUUUAGUUUAGCAUUUUAUAAACGUAUGCUUGGUAAAGCAUUAACAAUGCAUGAUUUAGAAUCAUUAGAUCCUGAAUUUUAUAAUAGUUUAUUAUGGAUACAUGAAAAUAAUUUAGAUAAUAAUGAUAAUCUUGAAUUAUAUUUUAAUACAUCAUUUGAAUUACUUGGAAAAAUUGAAAAUAUUGAAUUAAAACCAGGUGGAAAUGAUAUUAAAUUAACAGAAGAAAAUAAAAAUGAAUAUUUAGAAUUAAUGACAAGAUGGAGAUUUACACGUGGAGUCGAAGAACAAACAAAAGAGUUUUUAUAUGGAUUUAAUGAGGUUGUACCUCAACAAUGGAUUCAGAUAUUUGAUGAACGUGAAUUAGAAUUACUUUUAUGUGGUAUAUCAAAAAUUGAUAUACUCGAUUGGGAACGUAAUACAAUAUAUAAGAAUUAUACAGAAACAACUAAACAAGUACAAUGGUUUUGGCAAUUUGUACGUGAAAUAACUGAUGAACAACGAGCACGUUUAUUACAAUUUGUUACUGGUACAUGUCGUGUACCUAUUGGUGGUUUUGCUGAAUUACUUGGAUCAAGUGGACCACAAAAAUUUUGUAUAGAAAAAUAUGGCAAAGAGAAUAUAUUACCUCGAUCACAUACAUGUUUUAAUCGAUUAGAUUUACCACCAUAUAAAAAAUAUGAAAUUUUAAAAGAAAAACUUUUAUUUGCUAUUGAAGAAUGUGAAGGUUUUGGUCAAGAGUAA